AUGUCUCCCCCCGCGCAGGAGAAGAGGUCCGAUGUUCAGCUGCUGAGCGCGGCGCUGCUGCUGCUGGUCUCGCUCUCCGGUUGUUCGAGCAUGGAUGUGAUCAUGCCCAAUAACAUUAAUGCACUGAAUGGAACGACUAUCAAAAUCCCCUGCACAUUUACUUCUUGCUAUAAGAUGGAUGCCAACCGGUUUCUCAUGAACUGGACCUACCAAGAAACACUUAAUGACACUGAAGAGAUGUUUAUGACAUUCCAUAAGAAAAGAGGAAUGGUGCCUCUUCGCUCGGACCGGUUUGGAGAACGGGUCAUGUUUGCCGGAAACCUGGAUAAGAAUGACCUGUCAAUCACACUAUCCGAUGUUCAGAUCGAGGAUAAGGGGAUUUACAACUGCUAUGUGAGAAACCCCCCAGACCGCGUCCAAGGGAAUAAUAGCAUACAUCUCAAUGUUGUUACCGAACUUCCCCCUCCACGGGAUUCCACCAUUGCAGUUGCGAUCGGGGCAUCAGUGGGCGGAGCUUUAGCUCUGCUGAUCCUUUCCAUGGUUGUAGUGAAAUGUCUUCGUCGACACCAAAAACAGGAACUGAUUUCAGAAGAGAAGAUGGAGGAGGAGGGAAAACUGGAUGCUGAGGGUGUUGCAGAGGAGGGAACCAAGUAA